ACCUAUUAGACAUUCGGUACCACACCUCAAGUUACCACCGCAUUCUUUCGCACUCGACUAUCGCAACGUACUGUACUCUUUGAUCGCGACGCAAACAUCAACGUUUCACGACAGUUCUCGAGUUGGAUGAUGGCGACAGAGCCUACCGUCAAUCAGCCGGAUGCAUCGAUAACUGAACCUAUCGCUCAACCAGCAGUUUCGAGUAACACCGCUCAAGAUGCCGGGCACUCGAGUGCUACACUAAACGGAUCCAUUUCCGACGUCGAGAAUAAGCAGAUCGCAGAGAUUGUCGACGAAUUAGUCAAUUCAGCUGAAGUGUCUGUGAGCGGGGGUUCGGAUACGGAAUCAUCUAAGGCACGACUCGGUGACAAGAAUCAUGCGCGCACCUCUUCCAGCAUCAAGAAGCCUCAGAGCUUUAAGUCGGUUUCCGUAAAUCGCACUUAUCUAGCCUCGAAGACCGCAGCGAAUUCUAAUGCUCGUCCUGAUUCCGCAACCGGCUCGACAUCCUCUACACCUCAGCCGACUCCUAGUACCUCUGCUUCUCGUCUGAAACUGGUCGCCAAGUCUGGCAGUAGCCUUGGUGGCUCUACUAAGACGCUUAGUAGUAACGGUAAACCUGCUUCUGCGCCUGAUCCUAAUACCGUUUGGAAUCGUAAUAAACCCGUAUCUCAACCGGAGCAGAAGAAACUGUCUGAUGAGGAACUCAUGCAUAAGUACGGAAUUCACAUGGCAGGUCGUCUAGGACCGGAAGAUACUAAGGGCCAGUCAAAUUGGGCUGAUAUCGAUGAUGACGAGGAGUGGGCUCCGGACCAUAUAACGUGGACAGAUGGUACUAAGAUUACCUUACCACACGAAACUGCUCCAAGCCCCAAUGUAGUGCCGGCUACUCUUGAUAAAGAACCGGCUCCGGCUCCCGUCCCCGUCCCUGUUUCCGCGCCACCGAAGUCAAAGUCACCCGCCCCUAUAUCAAGUGCAACCGGAUCCCCUUCCGUCAAGCCGGGUGUUGUAGCGUCAGGCAAGAGUCUCGUGCUUAAGGGCGCACCCGAGAAACCUACUCUAGUCACGAAACCGCAGGCGCCACCAACUCCAGCUAAAUCUCCGUGGGCACGUUUGCCUCCGAUCGAAAAAGUACCUCCUGUGCAGUCAGAUACGACCAUUGGAGGAGCUACUUCACAAUCUCCCGUUACAAAGAGCGCAAGCACACCUACGACCAAAGAGAUUGCUGCAGACGACUUUAGCCGGUCUGGUUUUCGGGAUCGACAUGCUGGUAACCAUAGCCAACUGUUUAACUCGCACUCGGGACAAUAUGAUCCGGUGCCGGAUCAUCGUAGAGGCUCUAGGAAUGAACCUCACGGCCGUCAGCCGGCCGUCCUCCAAAGACCUCAGUACCAUGAUCAACAAGGCCCUGCAGAGCCGUCGGCUGCCUUCCAAACAAGUAGAACCAGUGGUCAAGAAGGCCCUUACCGUCGUCGGGGCUCUUCUAACGUCAGUGGCACUAGUGGUAUCCUAGCUCGUAAACCUUAUGAUAUUCAACCUCCGGCAGAUUCAUUCCAAUCCCGAACAGAAUCCGUUACAGGUGCUGAGAGUCCCAUCUCAGCUCAUACCCAGCCUACCCCACGAUUACCCGUCGUCCAUCCAUAUCAGCCAAGGCUAUCUCCUGGACAAAAUCACGCCGCUCCCUAUUAUAGUUCUCCUGCUGUUGAUAUGCAGCCCACUGAUGAUUUAGAAAUGCAAGCAGUGAUCAUGCGAGAGCGUCGCGAGCAGGCGAUUAGGCGUCGAUCGGAGCAGGAGGCACGUGAGGAAGCAGCUCGGAAGGCUAGGAUUGCCGAAAAGCUGAAGGCCAUGGGCCCGCCCCCGGAACGAAAUAGUGCCAACAAGGAAAGAAGCAAUGAAGAUUCCACUGUUAUAGCACCAGUGGAUUCCACCCAUCCGGACCCAAGUAAUGCAAGAUCUGGUGGCGAUAACCGAGCAAAUGGAGAAGUCAAGAGGCCUCUCAGUCAAGUUGACAAACCUCAAGGCCAGCAGAUGCGAACUUCUUCCAUGUCGAAGUCUCAACAUCCGACGUCUUGGCCGGAAGCUCAACAUCCGGAGCGAUAUCCCUCAUGGGGCAAUGGUCCCCAGAACACCUCACGUAACGUAUGGGGUGCCCCCGGCAAUGACCGCUCACUUGGAAACGGCACUUUCAAUCCCGACCUGGGAACACUGCCUGAUUCCCGUCCCCCCCCCAUCGGUGAUCGUAAUCAUCGCCCGGCCCCAAUUGGGCCUCCACGGACCGCAUCUCAGCAGCCUGUACGCCCAGAGGCCAUGUCUAAUAAUCGCUUGGCCCCUAUUGGACCACCUCGCGGCCGUUCCGCCAAUACUUCCCAAGGACCCGAGUCAGGUGCUGCAAACCCCUGGAAGUCGUUCGCCUCUAAUGUUAAAGAGGAUGACCGUAGACGAGCGAUUGAUAUGCAGGCCAAAAUCGACGCUCAGAAGGACGACGUUUCGCUACCGAUGAGUGAGGAUUGGCGCAAUAGGGCUACAGGGAAGCCAGCGUCAGGCGGAGCUAGACAAGGCAUGGCCGAUGCGGUCAACAACCAUCAUGAAGUCCGAUCGAGCAGUUCGUACAAUGCUUCUGCAGCGAAUACGGCAACCAAUGCCGCACGUGAUGAACAGCCUGCGAGACCGUCAGAGGAGGAUCUUGCAAGGUGGAAAGGCCGUAUGCCAUCGGAUUAUGCUGCUGCUAGACAAGCUAGGGAAGCCGCUGCUAGAGAAGCCAAGGAAGCGGCCGCCAGAGAGAGCCGACCGACAGCAGAAGAUCUUGCCCGAUGGAAAGGCCGCAUGCCUUCGGACUAUACCGCAGCCAGGGAAGCUAGGGAAGCGGCUGCUGCGAAAAUGAACGGCAGCAAUGCCGAUUUUGGUAGACAGCCCACAGUUGGACCCUCUAGGCGAACUGUAACUAGUCCUGCGGCUCAACCUAGAAGCAGCUCCCGCUUCUUCCCCUCCACUCGAGAAUCCCAGUAUGAGGAUGAUCUCCAGGAGCAGGUUCGGACGAAGUCACCGACUCCACCCCCGCCCACCGCAGACGGCCAUCCUGUAUUUGAUGGUGACAGUACUCGUCCCCACGUGGCGUUGCCACCGGCUCGUCCGAUAGUCAAGCUACCACCCCCUACCAACUCUGCGGGCCCUAGCCCUGUCAUGCCGCCUGCUAAGCCGGCGCCAAUAUCCUUCGCAGCCGCGGCUGCAGCACCUGUUAGGGCGCAUCAGCAAUCCACUGGCCCCCGUCCCUCUAGCAGAGGUAGGGGCUACGGUGGAAUUCAUCAGACGCCCUACGAAAUCUCAUCACAGGAAAACUGGCAGGAAAAGAUUAACACUCUUUUCGGUAAAAAUACCUCGCCUGCACCGAUCAAGUCUCUGGCUGUAGAUUCUUCGAGUAGAAUAGCGUUGGAUCACAGCCAGUCGUAUGAUCCUGCAACGGUUGCGCUGCCCGGACUUUCCCAUUCGGUGAGCUCUCUUACUUCUGAUGGUAGCGACUAUACUAGUAGAGAAAUGGCCGAGGAAUGCUUCGGAGAGCAAGAGAUGGGAUCUCUACCUACAGUCCGUCUUCCUAGCGAGGCGCCGGAUGCUUUGUGGCAACCAGCGGAACUUCAUGUCGAGCCUAUGCCUAUCAAAUUACGAGUUGAUCCAUUAGGCGCCGAGGCAUGGAGAUUUUCUGCGCCUGAGAUGUCCAACGGCAGGAACGUGAUCCGAAUCUCGGGUCCUUUCAUGGCCGAGGCUAAGACCGUUUUAAUGAGGCACGACAACGGUCGCUCGAAUAGUAAUCAGCGCCGACAAGGACCUCGUGGGGGUGCCCGACGCUUGUCAGGCCGCGGAGGCCAACGCGGCGGUCGAGAACAUUCUGACCACCCUGGCGAUCACUCAUCCCAUCCACCUAGCCGCCCCUCCACUCGUAGUGGGCGUGGGAAUUAUCGGCCUAGGAUGGAGAAUAUGGCAGGCAGACACACGUCGACUGCUGCGCCGUCACAGUGGUCCUAAAGGAUCAAGCUCUUGAAGAUUUGAUCAUACUAUUUCUCCCUACUGUAUACUCGAUUGCAAUGAUGCAUUGCAAAUUCCAUCAUCUUCUUACUGUCGUACGGACAAUAAGCCUGUCUUUGGACGACAGUUUGUACAACAAAGUUUCCAACGC